CGCGAUAAGACAGAUGAAUCAUCCGUUUAGAGGAGUAGGUUUAUUAAAUCUUGAGUCCUUGGUAAUACCGGAGCUGACUAUAGCUGCUGGACAUCGAGUAACAUCAGCUCUACAAAUUUUCAAAAAUAUGACACUAUCCGGUUUUAACGAAACGAAAUGUGCAAAAGUAGAAUUUAAUUUUGACAAAAAUACACUCAAACUAGAUUGCAUCGUCCCACAUUUUCGACUAGACUUCCACUAUGAACUACAUGGUCAAAUUUUUUUGGUUUCUGUUUAUGGAAAUGGAACUGGCUGGGCUGUUCUGCAGGACUCUCACUUUGAGGUCAGUUAUCAGUUAGGAGAAUAUGAGAACAAGGGUAAAACAUAUUUUAAUAUUAUUAAUCAACAAUUAAGUGUGCAGCCAAGAAGUAUUGACUUUGAUUUGAAGAAUCUUUUUGACGGUGAUGAGGAAGCUGCUGAUCGUUUCAAGAAGAUGUUGAAGGAAAAUGCCCUCGAGGUUUAUGGUGAUGUUAAGUCUGGGUAUGACGAGGCUUUUGGAAUAAUAUUUGCCACCAUUUUUGACAGACUCCUCACGAAAGUGCCUGUUUCAAAGCUUUUUGGGUAGAAAUAACGUUCUAAAAGUCUAGAAGGUCUAAAAUAAUAUAUUUUUCUACCGCCCACGUUUUUUGGUUUUCUAAUAGAGCUAUUAACGCACGCAAAUGACGUCACAGCAGUUCGUUAAUAGCGGAAAGGCGUUCUUUAAUAGAUCUGGUGUAAUUUAGAUCGGUAAGAUUGGUAGCAAUGACGAGAAAUGUCAGGUGAAUGUCAGUGGCAAAUCUAAACUUAAAAUUUCUCAUGUUUCCGGAAGCGUAACUUCUUCGCAAGA